UGUUAGAAUUUGGGCCCAGUGGGUAAGCCCAUAUAAGAAUUUUUUUAUGUAAAAUAACUUGAAAAGUUUCUGUCUCUCUCGCAAUCGCGUUUCUCUGCAAUCUUCUUCUUCAUUUCGCGCACAAUACAAACAGAUCUAAAGCUUCAGUUUAGGUUUUAAUCAUGUCGGGCAAGUAUAUCAUUGGUGCUAUUGUUGGAUCAUUUGGAGUUGCAUGGUUCUGUGAUCAUUAUGUUUCAGACAAAAAAAUAUUUGGAGGUACUGUGUGUGGCACAGCUUCAAACAAAGAGUGGUUUGAAGAGACUGACAAAAAGUUUCAGGCAUGGCCUCGCACUGCUGGUCCACCAGUCGUCAUGAAUCCUAUCAGUCGCCAGAAUUUCAUUGUGAAGUCUCGCUCUGAGUCUUAAAUUUGGUUGUUUAUUGAUUUUGAAUUAAUUGGUUCACCUUGGCCAUAGAAUAUGUUGCCAUAAAUGAUAGUUACUCUUGGGAUGAAACUCUUGCAGUUCAAUUAGUGUUUGGGGGGUUUUACCAUGUGAAUGCUUCUUUUGUCUAAAUAAAAUGUUUUAGCAAUCUUCAAUCGGUUGACGCAUAUUAUUAUUUUGAAAUUCUAUGUGCUAAGAUUGGCACGAGUUUGUUUA